GGAGAAUCAGCAGAGACAGGCGGGAGGACGGGUGGAGGAGGAACUAGAGAGUGCGGCGAGUGCACUCCCUAUGCAGAGGCGUCAUCCACGUGCUGCAGAGAAUCCUGCCGUGGCGCAGGCAGAGGAACUAGAGGAUGGAGAAUGGGUGGCUGUGGAGACGCAACUGCGUGGACUGGAGAAUGCGGGGCCCCAGGUUUUCGAGGAGACGGAGCUAGGAUUUGAGGAGGCUGGCGACCGCAUCGCGGCUGGCGGCAGGGUGCCUACCACAGCAGAGUUAAUGCGGCGUCUGACGUUGGUGGCAAGAUCCGUGGCCAGGACUUCGUCGGAACAACGUGUUCGUUUCAGCGACUGCAUGGCAGAGAUUCGCGAGUUUGGUUUGCAGAUGCAGGGUUGGGACACGCGGUACUUGCAGGACUACGAUGAUCUAACGUACGAAUACCACGAGCUCAAGGCUGAGGUGGUCCGGGAACGCGACGAGCUAACCCGAUUGCGUACUACUCUAUCGGCGUCUGUCGCCGAAGCACGAGCGGCAGCAGCUGAUGCGGGAGCCGCAGCUGCAACAGCGGCAGUGGGAGCAUUGCAGGAAAAGUUAGUGGGGUUUUUCGAGACCUUUGGAGAGAAGCUGAAAAGUGUGGUGGAGCAGGUGAUAGAGCAAUCAUCGCUGGAGGCCACGAUCACAUCCAGCUCCAUGGAACACCUGCAAGCGGCUAUUGACAAUAGUGUAUACACAGUGUGGGAGGAUCUCAGAACUGCGGACGACCAAAACAAGCUGACAUUCAACAAGAUUCAGAAGGCUCUGACAGGACUGUCAGCAAAGCUCAAAGGGUUGACUGGACCCAUCAAGCGGGAGAGCGACGGAAAACCAACCGGCGGGUACAGCCGCAGAAGCAAGGAAGGUGGAGCGCGAAAAGAAGGAGAAGCGGCGGAGAGUGGAGGAGCGAAAGAGGGAGGAGGCGAGGAAGGUGGAGCGCAAAAAGGAGGAGAAGCGGUAGAAGGACGAGGAGGAGCGGAAGAGGGAGGAGGCGAGGAAGGUGGAACGCGAAAAGGAGGAGAAGCGGCAGAAGGACGAGGAGGAGCGGAAGAGGGAGGAGGCGAGGAAGGCGGAACGCGAAAAGGAGGAGAAGCGGCAGAGGGACGAGGAGGAGCGGAAGAGGGAGGAGGCGAGGAAGGCGGAACGCGAAAAGGAGGCGAAGCGGCAGAAGGACGAGGAGGAGCGGAAGAGGGAGGAGGCGAGAAAGGCGGAACGCGAAAAGGAGGAGAAGCGGCAGAAGGACGAAAAGGAGCGGAAGAGGGAGGAGGCCUUGAAGGCGGAACGCGAAAAGGAGGAGAAGCGGCAGAAGGACGAGGAGGAGCGGAAGAGGGAGGAGGCGAGGAAGGCGGAACGCGAAAAGGAGGAGAAGCGGCAGAAGGACGAGGAGGAGCGGAAGAGGGAGGAGGCGAGGAAGGCGGAACGCGAAUAGGAGGAGAAGCGGCAGAAGGACGAGGAGGAGCGGAAGAGGGAGGAGGCGAGGAAGGCGGAACGCGAAAAGGAGGAGAAGCGGCAGAGGGACGAGGAGGAGCGGAAGAGGGAGGAGGCGAGGAAGGCGGAACGCGAAAAGGAGGCGAAGCGGCAGAAGGACGAGGAGGAGCGGAAGAGGGAGGAGGCCUUGAAGGCGGAACGCGAAAAGGAGGAGAAGGGGGAGAAGGACGAGGAGGAGCGGAAGAGGGAGGAGGCCUUGAAGGCGGAACGCGAAAAGGAGGAGAAGCGGAGAAGCGGCAGAAGGACGAGGAGGAGCGGAAGAGGGAGGAGGCGAGGAAGGCGGAACGCGAACAUGAGGAGAAGCGGCAGAAGGACGAGGAGGAGCGGAAGAGGGAGGAGGCGAGGAAGGCGGAACGCGAAAAGGAGGAGAAGCGGCAGAAGGACGAGGAGGAGCGGAAGAGGGAGGAGGCGAAGAAGGCGGAACGCGAACAGGAGGAGAAGCGGCAGAAGGACGAGGAGGAGCGGAAGAGGGAGGAGGCGAGGAAGGCGGAACGCGAACAGGAGGAGAAGCGGCAGAAGGACGAGGAGGAGCGGAAGAGGGAGGAGGCGAGGAAGGCGGAACGCGAACAGGAGGAGAAGCGGCAGAAGGACGAGGAGGAGCGGAAGAGGGAGGAGGCGAGGAAGGCGGAACGCGAACAGGAGGAGAAGCGGCAGAAGGACGAGGAGGAGCGGAAGAGGGAGGAGGCGAGGAAGGCGGAACGCGAAAAGGAGGAGAAGCGGCAGAAGGACGAGGAGGAGCGGAAGAGGGAGGAGGCGAGGAAGGCGGAACGCGAAAAGGAGGAGAAGCGGCAGAAGGACGAGGAGGAGCGGAAGAGGGAGGAGGCGAGGAAGGCGGAACGCGAAAAGGAGGAGAAGCGGCAGAGGGAGGAGCACGCGAAGGCGAUGGAAAGGAGGCGGCAACAGAGGGAGGUGGAGCUAGAAGCGAAGCGUGAGCAGAUUGCGAAGGUCGCUGAAACAAAGCGGUUGGAGGCAGCAAAGCGAAAAAGAGACCUCGAAAUAGAGCGUCAGAAAGCCCUGGAGGAGAUCGAGCGUAUUGCACGGUUGGAGGAAGCCACAAAGGAGGAAGAGAAGAGGCAACAAAUGGAGUUAGAGGCAGAAACACAGAAAAUGGAAAACGAGAGGCGACGGAUUGCGGAAGAGGAUGAGGAAGGGGCAGCGGAGCAACGGCAGGGAGGAGAGGCGGAAGGAGAAGGGUGCGUCGGGAUUCAUAAGGUGCUUUCGCUCGUUCCAGAAGAUCCACUGCAAGUAGUUUACAUGGAGGAGGAGGGGGAGGGUUCAGAACAUCUGACAGGUUAUGGAGUUUUAGAGACUCAACCGCCAUCGAAAAGGCCUCGCAUUGACCAGACGGGAAUGAACUUCGGCGCGGCUGAGGGGUCUUUGGGGGCGGCUGAGUCAGAGGAAUGUGUCGGUGAAAAUGUGUCGGGAAAUCAGAACGUUCAACCAACGUUGGGAGAGGCGACGGGGGAGGUGGCACAGCGAAGAACGGACGUGCUACCAGACGAGCUAGGGAAGCGGUGGGGGGAAACAAAGCAUUUCAGAUCGAGUGGGCUUACCACACGCGAAAAGAAGAACAAGGGGGAAGUGGUGUCCGUGCGCUACAACUCGGAGCAAACCGUCGGAGGUGUGAAGAGGAACAUGGGUAGCUUCAAGGAGAGGAAACUACGCGAUUUCACAGUGGCCGUCUGUUGGAUGACCUACUUCCCCGACACCGACAUGGUCCAUUACGGCUUGGAUCCUGCCGAGCUUGGCUUGUGGGCGGUCCACCUCGAUUUCGCGCGUGAACUGCCGACGGGUGUCUGGACUGUUAUGAACGAAUUGAACCUCGACAAGUUCGAGAAGUGA